AUGCCUACCUUUGCUGCCACGUUCCUUGUGGUGCUCGUUUCGCUCCUAGCCCUCUUUUCCGUCUUCCCGACCCUUGCCGGACUCCCCGCACGCCUUGUCUUUCGAGCAUUCGGCCGUCAUAUACAAAGAAAAGGUAAAGGGAGACGGGACCUAAUACGUGCUCGGGUCCAGGUCGAAGAAGAAGACUAUCGAUCGCGGAACUUACGACAGUCGAAGUUGGAUGAUGAUGACUGGGAGAAGGUUGAGGGCAGCGACUCCCGGGCUUCUUCUCGCGGAAGCGCUGUAGAAAGCGACUGGGAUGGCUUCGUGGGAUUUUUCCAUCCAUUCUGCAACGCAGGGGGUGGCGGCGAGCGGGUUUUAUGGGCUGCUGUUAGAGCAACGCAAAAGAGAUGGCCCAAGGCCAUAUGUGUGGUUUACACGGGUGACCAGGACGUGGACAAAACCACCAUGCUUAACAAUAUCGAGAGGCGUUUCAAUAUUCAAAUUCACCCUCCUACAAUAGUAUUCUGCUACCUCUCCACACGACAAUAUGUCCUCAGUAAUACAUACCCCCGUUUUACCCUCCUAGGGCAAUCCUUGGGCUCCUUAGUUCUUGCGUACGACGCCUUCUCCCUCCUCGUUCCCGACAUUUUUGUCGAUACGAUGGGUUAUGCCUUUGCCCUGGCAUUUUCGCGUCUUCUAUUUCCAUCCGUGCCAACUGGUGCUUACGUCCAUUACCCCACAAUAUCAACGGAUAUGCUAGCGUCGCUCGAGGAUAGCACCGGCCAGAAAGGUCUCAAUGCUGGAGCAGGAACAGGCUGGAAAGGUGCAACUAAGCGCCAUUACUGGCAUGCUUUUGCAAAACUCUAUGGCUUGGUCGGUGGCACAAUUGAUAUAGUUAUGUGCAAUUCGUCUUGGACGUCUGGGCACAUAAAUGCGCUAUGGCUUCCAGCUAGACAGAGAAAGACAUUCAAAAACCCCACAACUAUCUUUCCUCCUGUGGCAGUGUCGGAUCUUGAAGGGAUUCAAAUCGAUUCAAAGAGUGAACGAGAUGUUAGGCAGCCCACGAUUCUCUAUAUAGCCCAGUUUCGACCAGAGAAGAAUCACGCCCUUAUACUCCGCUCGUACGCCCGUUUCCUCAAACAAUUCAGAAUCAACCGCUCAAGCACAUCAGGCGCACUAAACGAUGCCCCCCUUGCAUCUUCCUCCUUAACUGAGCCAAAACUUAUCCUCAUCGGGUCCGUCCGCCACUCUAGCCCUGACGAAACCCACAUCUACAACCUCCGACUCCUCACACACGAGCUUAAAAUCCGCGACAACACCCAAUUCAUCCUUGACGCAAGCUGGCCCACCGUCCUCGAGCACCUACGCACGUCGUCCAUCGGCACCAACGCCAUGUGGAACGAGCACUUUGGCAUAGGUAUCGUAGAGUAUCAAGCCGCUGGCCUGAUCAGCGUCGUACACGACUCCGGUGGCCCGAAGAUGGAUAUUGUGGUUGAUCUGGAGGACGGUGGGACAACGGGAUUCAGGGCCACGACGGAAGAGGAGUAUGCGGCGGCGUUUGAGGCGGCUUUGGCGCUACCGGAGGAGGAGAAAGUGGCGAUGAGAAAGAGAGCUAGGACGUCGGCGCAGAGGUUCACUGAGGAGGAGUUUGGGAGAAAGUGGGUGGAUGAGAUGGAGAAGCUUGUCGAGAUACAAAGAAAGAAAGCGAGAAGAUGGUCAUAG